GCGCCUUAGGCUAGGUCAUGUCCAGUUAAACUAAUGCGGUCAGCAUCAAUGUUGAAGACUUACAGGACUGUUUAUUUUGUGGAUAUAUUUACCGCUACAAACACAUUGGUCAUUCCAAAAGCUUUGUUCUGUAGAAUGUUUGGAAUUCGGGAGGUGAAAAGCUGGAGAAGUAUCAGUUAAAUAACAUGCGUUUAUUUUGAGAUCCCUGGUCUUCACCAAUUAUUCUGACUCUUAAAUGCAGCAGUAAAACUAUGUUUUCUAAAAUUCUGAAAUACAUGAUGUUUGAUUUAGUGUUUUCGACUCUUGAGUUUGUUUCUCACUUACUCAGUAUCACAGGGUUACUUUAAUGGCUAUAUACUGGAAGUUUAUCAUUACUCCUCAAAUCACAUCAAUUUACAUGUGGAUAAAUUAUCACAUUUACUCAAGUAAUUUGUCACUCAACAUAAGUUAUAAUAGUACUGAUGUUUACGUUAUGGACUGUCUACGAAAAAAGGGGGAAAACGUCAACGAAUGAACAUUAUGAGCAUUGGAUAUUGAUUAACAGCAUUGGAUGUUGGACUAGUUAUGUCCACUCUAAUAGUUCUGUUUUAGAUAGAAAUCAAUACAAUUUUGCUAUUUUAUGACGUCUUACCAAUACCGUAUGGAUGUUAACGCUUAUCUGACAAGUCCUGAAUGGUCAUGAUUAUACGUUGUUUGAUUAUACUCCUUCGCAUCUCUUUAGUAUAUUUUGGUAAUGUCUACAUGUAGCAAACUCUAUUCAAUAUUAAAAUCACCUAAUAAAUUGAAAAUACCAUCUGUUGACUCUCAUAUGGAUAAGAACCCCAUGGUCCCAGCUAAACGUCAACAUACGGAGGGUAUUCUGUGGCAAUGUUGGGAAUGUGGCAAAUCGUAUGAAACUGGGUUUCGUCUUUCGGAACACCUUCAAAAUUGCAAGAAAGAUGAUGAAAUUUGUGAACAACUACCUGGUUGCCCUUUCUGUCCUCGUGUAAUUAACCAGUCAAAUGAUGCUCCUUUUCAUAUCCAUUCAUUCAAUACACAUGUACAUAGAUUUCAUCCAGAAAUCAAGUCUUAUAUGUGCAGCUAUUGUUUGGAUUUAAUUCAUUCGUGCAAAAUUGAAGAUUUGGUAUCUCAUAUCAUCAACGUUCAUAAAAUACCUUGGAGGCCAUCACCAGCUUCUCUAGCACAUUUGCGAGAAAAUCAACUUCCUCAUCGAGUUGUUACUUGUUUAGGAUGUGGAUGGUGCACGUUUGUUUUGCGUGCUAAUAAUGCAGCACAACCACCUACCUCUUUAGAAGCUCAUAUGAAUCGAUGUUCAUUCAAUGGUGGUCAAGUACAUCUAACGCGUUUAUCUGAAGAAACUUGUAUGUCUGCAUUAGAAAAGUAUAAAGUUUUACAAGAAUCAGAGUUGAUAAGUACUACUUUUGCCCAAUCUUUUCCACACGUACGAGGAUUUACCGGUAAUUCUGGAUUAAGUAAUAGUCCAUUUCGUUUUCAUCGUUAUUCUGGUAACACUGCAUCUCGCGCAACGGAUAAUGUUGAUAAAACAUCAAAUACUAUGAGCAAUAAAAUUAAUCGUCUCUCUACAGAUAAUAAUAAUAAAUUAUCAAUUAAACAAAAAUCUAAACUAGAUACUGUUUUAGAAAAGUCAGAUUUUCAACAAAAAGAAACAUUUUUUGAUAUUCCAUUGACUAUUCCACCUCCACCUCCAUCAUCACGUACUACUGCUACUGGUCAAAUAAAGAAAAAACCUACUGUUGGUCGUUUAUUUGUAUGUCCAUUAUGUGGUGAUAAUGCAUUGUCUAGUUUACGUGAACGUGAUGAACAUUUACAAUCUUCACAUAAUGGUGAACUUGUUUUCCCCUGUCAGAUUUGCGGAAUGGCCUAUCCUCUUUACAUUGCCCUACGUCGACAUGCUGCACUUCAACAUGAUUCUGACUUUGAUACAGUUCGUUAUGGUCCAUCAGAUCUAUUGGAAUGUGAACCAAUUGAAUGUCCAGAAUGUCAUCUUGUAGCUUUUCAAGAUUCACUUGUAUUAAAACUUCACAUUAAUCGAGUACAUAAGAAAUUACAACAAAAUGUAACACUUACAUCUAAUGAUUCUCAUCCAGUUGAAGAUUUAGAAGUAUCUUCAAAACCGCCGAAAAUCAGCAAGACCAAAGCUACUAAUCCUUCAAUUCAAAAAAAGACUUCAUUAAAAACUACUCGCCGUCGAGAUACUACUGCGACUACUACAGUAAAUCGUUCACGAACUCAAUCGAAAAUUAGUAAACCUAAAGUUAAACAUAAAUUAUCUAUUAUUGGUGGUGAAUCAGAAAUUCUCACUGAUAAUAAUAAUAAUAAUCAUCCCAAUCGAUCAUCAUUAAAUGAUGUAUUAUUACAAGAUACUAAUAGUAGUGAAUUUGAACGUAUGUUAAGCUCAAUCGAUGGUAAAUCUGCUCCAGCUUCUUGUCGAUAUUGUCAUAUUGAAGUGGAUAAUUUAAAAGAAUUACAUCUUCAUUUGGAAUUAGAACAUUUAAAUCCUGAUAACGAUAUUGAACAACUUGGUUGUCAAGCAUGUGGUCGAGUUUUCUUUGGUUCAGGUGGACGAAUUGAUUUAAUUGGACAUUUACGUACACUUCAUCAAGAUGAUUUUCUUCAAAAUGUUUUAAAAUGUCCACGUGCUGAAAAAUUAGGACAAGAUAUUACUAUAAUUAAUACUACUAAUAAUGAUGGUAAUGAUAAUACAUGUCAUGAAUCUAUUAAAUCAUGUAAAGCACAUUUCUCUUCACCACGUCUACGUCAAUUACAUAUAUCUAUGUUUAAUAAUAAUAAUAGUAAUAAUACAUUAUCAAAUACAGAAUUUUCAUGUCCUAUUCUAUUUAAUGAAAAACAAUAUUUAACAGAUCAAAUUAAAAAUUUAAUUUUACAAACAGAAAUUGCAGCAGAUCAAAGUGGUAUUAUGAUAUUAGCAUUUUGUUGUCCUAAUUGUUCACGUUUAUUUGUUGGAGAUAAUGUGCAUACUAGAUUUGAAUCACAUCGUAGUACAUGUGAAGCGGCAGCAACAACAACAAGUGAUAAUAUGGAAGAGUCAAUACAUCCUAUAGAAUCAGAUCAAAGUGUUGUUUCUAGUCCAAAUAGUACUGAAGCUUCUGAUUUACCUUGUUCCAAUGUUGAUUUACCUUUAGAAUUUUUAGAAACUAUGAAAACAUCAAAUGAUAAAUGUGUUGUUACUGAAAGUCAAACUACAUAAAGAAUAAAAAGUAUAUGUGUGUGUGUGCAUGUCUGUCUGUUUGUAUUUUCCUCUUUUGUACUUCUUCAAAGAUAUUGAUGUAUAUUUUCUCAUAUCUAUCUAUCUAUUUGUUAUCAUUAUUAAUACUAUGAAUUCUUUAUUGGUAUUUAAAUAUUAUUACAAUGAUCAUUUUCACUAUAAUCAUUAUUAUAAUCACAUAUGUCUUGUCCGUAUACUUUGUCAUUUACACACCAUCCUUGAUGUUUAUUAAGGAGGAAAAAAGAACUAGGCGAACAAAAUCUACAUUACUCCUCUCUUUGUACAAUUCCUCAUAUUAUGAUAUAUAUAUUUGUGUAUAAUAUUUCUAAAAUAAGAUUAUAUUAUUGUAUAAUUCAUAUUAUAUCAAAAUUAAAAUGUAUCAUGUUUAGAA